GAUAAUGUAGUCAUCAAGAUGGGAAGGAGAACAGAGAAAGCCUCCAAAUCCCAAACCCUCCCGUCCUCGCCAACCCAUUCCGCCUCCUCCUCCGACUUCGAAUUCACCAUCUCUCUCUCUCCUCGCAAAUCCUCCACCACCCUCUGCCCUGCCGACGAACUCUUCUACAAAGGCCAGCUCCUCCCCCUCCACCUCUCCCCACGCCUCUCCAUGGUCCGCACUCUCCUCCUCGCUUCUUCAUCCACCUCUUCCUCUUCCGACACCACCACCACUGCCUCCCGCGACUCCACCGGCAGCUCCAACGACUCCCACUCCUCCUUCUCCGCUGACCUCCUCCUCGCUGACUGCGACUCCUCCAGACCCAGCUCCGUUGCCGAAGAAGACGAGUUCAAACGCCUCAACAACCACCACCGCACAACCCACAUAAACCCCCAAAAUAUCAAGAAAACAAAGUACUUCUCUCUCUCAAGAUUCUCCGUUUUUCGCAAAGAAUCCAAGAACCGCCAGGACCCAGAAAACUUAUCAGCUUCAUCUGUGAAACGCAUGAGCUCCACUGCAAAAGAGGUGAUACGUAAGUACAUGAAGAAAGUGAAGCCUUUAUAUGAAAAGUUGUCGCAAAAACAGCAGCAAAAAAUGGCAACAACAAGAAUAGUUUCUUCGGAAAAGGUCUCUCUGUGCAUGAAACCAGAUGGAUCUGUGAAAGAAAAGGAUCAAUCUGUUCAGAUUCAGAAUGCUAAAAAAGGCAAUAAUUCAACAUUUUCACAUUCUUUUUCUGGGAAUUUGAGGUACCCAAGGAGGAGAGGCUAUGUUUCAAGCUGUCCAUCGUCGAUGAGAUCUUCCCCAAGUCACUCUGGGAUUCUCUGCAGUACUGGUGUUACAGGUGCGAGUACAAGCAGAGUAGGGGGUAUGUGUUCUUCAGAUGCAUCUUCAAUGGAGGAGCUGCAGAGUGCAAUUCAAGGGGCAAUAGCUCAUUGCAAGAACUCCAUGCUUCAGAAUAAGUCUAUGGUCAGUAAUGAGAUUUGACUAAUUUCAUGUGGGUCUCUGCGUAAUAUCUAUGUUUGCUUUUGGAUCUAUGGAGUAUUGACUGAAAAAUUUAACUUCUUGUUCACUCAAGUUUGUAAUUUUUAAUUUUUAGGGGUAAGUAUUGACAACAAGUUUAUUGGUAGAGGGGGCUGUUUGUAAUUUUUAAUAUGUUCUG